GUGUGCCCGUGUGUGUGUUCGUGUGUGUGUGUCCGUGUGUCUGAGUGUGUGUCUGUGUGUGUGUGCCCGUGUGUGUGUCGUGUGUGUGUCCGACGCGCUUCUUAUAGUGAAAGGCAGCGAGUCGGCGGGGUGGCGCAGUCACGACAACAACAACAACAACAUCGACAACAUCAGCAACAACAUCAACAUCGACAACAACAACAACAUCGACAACAUCAACAACGUCUACAACAACAAGUUGCUCGGCUUUGGACCAGGAUGAAGAGGGGCAGCUACUCGAGCUGUAGCGAAGACUCCGACUACAAACCCGGAGGGAAGAGGCAGUGGCGGAAGAUCGGCAGACCCGGACGUCCGAGUCUGCCGACCGUGACCAAGCCACAUGGCCAGCCAGAUGAGAUUUUCCGCACUGACCUCAUCAGCGCCAUGAAGCUGCCAGACUCCGGAUCCUUGGUGCCGGGUCAGUUUUAUCUGCUCGCCGACCCCUGGAGACCAGAGUGGGAGCGUGGAGUCCAGGUGCCGGUUUGUCCAGAAUCCAUCCCGGUGCCCAGCUUCAGGAUCCUGAACCAGGGUUGGUGCAGCGACCGCUGGGAGGAGCCUCCGCCCCACCGCCUUCUCCCCGACCCCGACCCUGACCCCGACGACGUGCUCAGGACCCCCCCGGCCACCAGAGAUCACGACCGCGGGGAAGAGGCCACUCAGUACGACCUCGACGACGUGGACGUCAGCUGGCUCCGAGCCGCCAACGGCGAGAUGACAAAAAUGGGGCUGCCGCCGGUGCGCGAGCGCUCCCUGGAGGCGGCGCUGUCGCGGCUGGAGCGGCGCUGCGCCGACUCGGCUCUGCGGGCGCUCAGCACCGAGGCGGCGCUGGGCAUCGAGUUCGACGCGGACGUGGUGUGCGACGUGUGCCGCUCCCCGCACGCCGAGGACGGCAACGAGAUGGUGUUCUGCGACAAGUGCGACGUGUGCGUCCACCAGGCUUGCUACGGCAUCGCGUGCGUACCUGCGGGGAGCUGGCUGUGCCGCGUGUGCGACCGCGGGGUGGCCGCCCCCCGCUGCCAGCUGUGCCCCCGGCGAGACGGAGCCAUGAAGCCGACGCGCAGCGGAGGGAAGUGGGCGCACGUCAGCUGCGCCCUCUGGAUCCCCGAGGUGAGCAUCGGGUGCCCUGAGAAGAUGGAGCCGAUCACGCGCCUCUCGCUCAUCCCCCCCACGCGCUGGGCCCUCCUCUGCUGCCUCUGUCACGAGCGCACGGGCGCCUGCAUCCAGUGCUCGGAGCACACGUGCGUGCGCGCCUUCCACGUGACCUGCGGCUUCCAUGGCGGCCUCGACAUGGCCACCUUCCUGGACGAGCGCACGGACCGCGUCCGCUUCCGCUCCUACUGCCCCGAGCACACGCAGCGCCAGCAGCGCCUUCAGCAACAGCAGCACCCGCAGCCUCCGUCGCGCUCGCCCUCGCAAGCCUCCCACAUCGGCAACCGAGGCUGCUCCCUUCCGCCGUCUCCCGAAUUCCCCCCGGACGGCGCCGGCGUCGCCACCACGCCGACCGGCAGCACGGACUGGGAUUGGGAGGAGCUCCCUGGCGGGCGACGGGCGGCCGCCACCGGCGUGGCAGCGGCGCGACGCGCCGGCGGCGGCGACGACGACGACGGCGGCGACGGCGGCAUCGCGGACGCGGUCGCGGAGAUGCGCAGGGAGCGCUUGCGGCGCCUGGAGGAGGAGUUCUACACGCUCGCCGGCGCGGCAGACGCGGCGCCGGCCCUGGGACGCGCCGGCUCCGCCAGCGCCGCCGCCGCAGACCUCGUCUACCAGUUCUGGAAGCUGCGCAGGAAGAGCGGCUUCGACCGGCCCCUGCUGACGACUCCGUCCGUGCCGAAGCCGGCGGCCGUGCCGGAGCCUCACAGGCCUCCGACCCUCUCGGCCAAGUCGCCGCCGCCGUCGCCGUCAUCGUCGUCAUCGUCGUCGUCCCCGGCUCACGCGGACGACGACGCCGACGAGGUGGAGGGGCACAGCGAGGAGGACGGGGAGGACGAGGACGAUGAGGAUGACGAGGAGGAGGCGGAGGAGGAGGAGCGCCACGCGGAGGUGGCGGUGGUGACGACGGCGACGACGGGAGAGGAGGAGGAGAGCGCUGCCCAGCGGGACAUGAACUCCCUCACGCACCUGCGGCAGAAUCUCGAGCGGGCGAGGAACCUGUGCUACAUGGUGUCGCGCCGGGAGAAGCUCAAGAGCGCCCUGGCGCGUCUCCACGAGCAGCUCUUCUGGAGGCGGGUGCAGCUCGCCUUGGCGUCUCCUCCUGCCGCCGACGCCGCCGCCGACGACAGCGGCGGCCUCUGCGCACGGCCUUCCCUCGCGGGCACGGCAAGGAAACCCCGGGGCGCUCCGCGCCAUCGCAAGUCCCGCGACAGCAGCAGCAGCAGCGACGGCGGCAGCAGCGGCGCCGGCGACGGCGGCAGCAGCAGCGGCAGCAGCGCCGACGGGCGCCCGGGGGCCCCGCGCCGGCGCAAGCGGCGGCGCCGCCGCCAGCACGCUCGCUCCUCCGCCUCGGUCGGCCGGCGACGGGGCCCCGGAACCGGCGCGACGGACACGGCGAGCGCGGGCCCCCGGCGGAGGGGCCGACGCAGCAAAUCGGCGGCCGGCGCCACCGCGGGGGCUUCGACGGCCGCAGCCGCCGCGACCGCGGCACCGGCGGCCGUGGCCGCGGCGGCGUCGAAGAGGAGCGGAGCGCAAGCGGUGGGGGCGACGAAGAUCCGCGUGGCGCGGUCCGCGCCGGCGGGGCCCUCCACAAACUGGGGCGGAUUCCGCAUUCCCAAGAAGCCGGGAGGGGCCGGCGGCGGCGGCGGCGUCGGCGCGGGGACGAGCGCCGGGGAGGUCGCGUUCCCGGACUUGGAGGAGGACGUCGCCGGGCGGGACUGCGAUUUGGAAGCCGCCGACGAAGCCGCCGGCGAUGCCGCCGGGGUAGAAGCAGGAGGAGGGCCCCUUGCCCGGGGCUCGCUGUGGAGCCUUGCGAGCGCGGCGCCGGGACGCGAGAUGUGGCCGUUUGGCCGGUUCCGGGCAGACAGCGGCGACCCGGUUAAAGCCGGCGUCUCUAUUAUAUGCUGAGAAUGCUUCUGCGCACCGUGACACUACUGACACGCAAGAGACAAAGGUCCCCCCUAUAGCCUGUAACAGACUGUUGGGACAAGUGCUUUUAGCGAGUAGCACCUAUGACGGCCGGCACGGCACACGAGGGGGUGAGUGGCCAGCACCACGCCCGACCGCCUUUGUCUCCCUCGGGCCGAUGUUUACCGCACACCGCACCAGGUCGAAUCGACCUAGGGGAGGCCCAGGACCGGUUCAAAUAAUCGUCGCCGGCCAUGAGCGGGAAUCGAACUCGGGUCGCCGGGUUCGUUACGCGGCGUGCUGACCGCUCGCUGCACGACUGCUCCCCCACCCCACUACAUGUGCACACAUGCACACACUAACACACACAUGCCUCCCCCCCAUUUUGCCUUAUAAAUAAACUGUUGAGGCAAGUGCUGUUGUUAGCGAACAUCUAUUAAAGAGAGAUUCCACUCCAAAAACGAACGCCUCCCGUCUUCUGGAUGUGAUGCUUUUUGUCUUUCCUCCCCCAAUUUUAAAAUCCCUGAUGGUGCCGGGGCACGGGACGAAGGAUUCAGCUGGGGGCGGGGGUGGGAGGCGGUGCGACCCCGUGACCUCACGACCCCUCACCCCGUAACCCCGCGACCCUUUUGUGCCGUCCCCGCGGAAGCGGAUACCGCAGAGCCGCUUCCCGGGGGCCCCUUUCGAGUGCCGCCACCAUUUCUGCUUUUUCCAGUUCGCGCUUCGUGGCGUGCAGGGGCGGACGACGAUUCGCCCCCGCGGACGCGGCAGAGCGGCAGAGAGGCAGAGCGGCAACAGGCGUCGUGGAGGAGGAGUUGCAGAGGCUCUCCCCGCUAAAUGUUGCGCUACUCACAGUUGAGGGGUAUCCAAUGGUCGUGAGCGUAAAGCGCAAGUCCCAAACAAGAGCGGUACGAGAGCGAGAGGCGCCAGAAUCGUUUGGGCUUCCGGCGCAAGUGAGCGACGGCUAUAAAGACGCACACGGACAUCGACAAAGGCGGCACAGACGUGGGAGCGGGAGGCGCCAGCGUCGUUCCCGCGUGUCGGUAGCACCGCCACUCUUCCCGCCCGCUCUGCCUCUGCCCUCCGAGCAAUGAGUGCUCUGCUACGUGCAUGGUCUUUGUCCUGUUCGCCUUGUGGCGUUCUCUGGUCUGACACUGGUGGUGAGACGAGGCCAUGAAGAAGGCUGUCUCUCUGGUGUAGGCCAAUCAGUUUCAAAGACAAUGCAUAUUUAAUUAUCAGAGCAUGUUUGUUUGAAUGUUCACCGCAAGUACCGUGUGUUUUUAAUGCGAACUUGAUUCCUUACACAAGGUUUCUACUUGGUGUUUGAACAUCUUAACACCUGUUUCCAGAGAGGGUGAAACCUAUUCUUAUUUUUUCAAACUUGAACCGAAUUAAUUUGCAUUCAUAAAUAACGAAUACUCUCAACGCGUGACGCUAAUUCUAAACGUGGAGGGAGAAAACCCGGAGGACCCGGAGAAAAAUCCACGCGACCACGGGGAAAGAAAGAGAGACACGGAAACUACAAAUAUACAGCAGCAGGCGUCAGGGUCAGCAUGGAACCCACGACCUCCUGUAUACCAGGCGAGGUAGUUAACAUCUCCUAACCACCGUGGUGCCCAUGCAGGCCCUUGGGAAAACAUGACGGUACAGAUGAGAUGGUACCACACUGGAUAAGCACGCACGAGACAGCACACACGACAGAAUGAGAUGGAACAAACAAGCGUGGCGGCACAAAUGAAUGCACAAUACGAAACGGCAUGCCAGUGAGACCGGCCAGUCCACACAGGACCUGUCGCCUGCUGCAAGGCCGUAGCCAUGGAGUCAACA